AUGAAGCGCCCACACAGUGCUACCAAAGCGGCGCAAAAGCCGCACAAGCGCCCCAAGAUUAUUUCCAACUUUGCCAAACCGCUUCCCACGAAGACGAAGCGCAAGGUCCGCCUCGAUGAGCUGGGAUGGAAAGCUGUGCCCAUGCCUGAUCGAUUGGAGGAUACAGAGGGCUUCUAUGGACUUGAAGAGAUUGAUGAUGUCACGAUUGUCAAGGACCCAACAACGGGAAACCUCACGUUUGAGACUACCAAGACCGAAGAGGAAAUUGCAAAGGACGUUGAGGAGGCGUGGCAGCGUGAGGAAGAAGAGGCAAAACGACUCGAGCAAAUCACCUUUAGUGGUGAAGGAGGGCCAGCUAAUGACGAUAAGGGGCCAGCUGAGGAGGUAUCCGAGAAGCCUGUUCAGAAGGAGAGCGAAGAUGUGGAAUGGGAGGGCUUCAGCGACGAUGAAGAUGCGCCUGUCGAUGUGGAGCUGUCGAGCACUGCUGAAGACGACAUAGUGGAUACCAAUGGAGAUGUAAGCGCGUACAAGGACGAAAAAAACGAUAAGAAGAAAAAGAAAGAGCCCAAGGAAAAGAAGGAGAAGAAGGGUGCCGAGAAAGAGCAGACACCCGUGAGUGGGGUAGACAACGACGAUGGGGAAGAGUCUGACAGCACUGAGCUGAGUGACGGUGAAACCUUUGGGCCGAGCGCCUUUGACAUUCUUGCCGAUCAGCCAAUCGACGACGAUGAUGAGGUGGAUGUUUCGGCCUGGGAGGAGCUGAAUUUGUCUGAGCAGGUGCUGGACGCACUUGCGAAGCUCAACUUUCAAAAGCCAACCGAGAUUCAAGCAUCCACGAUACCAGAGAUUAUGGCGGGCCGUGAUGUCAUCGGCAAGGCUUCAACAGGUUCGGGAAAAACACUUGCUUUCGGUAUCCCGAUUAUCGAAUCCUUCCUUUCAGCCCAACCAGGACUGAAGGAUUCCAAAGAUCACACACCCAUCGCGCUCAUCGUUGCACCUACAAGAGAACUUGCGCAUCAAAUCACCGCACAUCUCAUUGCGCUGUGCACUAAAGGGGAUUUCAAUGCCCCUCACAUCGCAUCCAUUACUGGUGGUUUAUCUGUUCAGAAACAGCGACGACAGCUUGAGAAAGCAGAUAUUGUGGUGGGCACCCCGGGUCGACUGUGGGAAGUCAUCAGCACCGGGCAAGGGCUACUUGAGAAGUUCAAGCAGAUUCGCUUCCUCGUCAUUGACGAAGCGGAUCGCUUGUUGAGUGACGGCCAUUACCAAGAACUCGGAGACAUUCUCAAGAUUCUUGAGCCAGACAGCGAAGCCGUCGAUGGCGAGAAUGAUGAUGCAACUCCAGAGCUUAACCGCCAAACCUUGGUCUUCUCCGCAACCUUUGGAAAGAGUCUGCAACAAAAGCUCGCAGGCAAGUCCCGACCUGACAAGGCCGAAAUGAGCCAGCAAGCGUCUAUGGAGUAUCUACUUAAAAAGCUCAAAUUCCGCGAGGAAAAGCCCAAGUUCAUCGACGCAAACCCCAACUCGCAAAUGGCAAACAAGCUCAAAGAAGGUCUGAUCGAAUGCGCCGGGCCUGAAAAAGAUCUCUACCUAUAUUCGCUCCUCAUGUUCUACAGCAAGAAGCGCGCCCUAGUCUUCACAAACUCCAUAUCUGCCGUCCGCCGCCUAACCCCUUAUCUCUGUAACCUCGACCUCCCUGCCCUUCCCCUCCACUCCAACAUGGCACAAAAAGCCCGCCUCCGCUCCAUCGAGCGCUUCAAAGAACGCCCUGGCUCCAUCCUUGUCGCAACCGACGUUGCCGCCCGCGGCCUCGACAUCCCAAAAGUCGAACUCGUAAUCCACUACCAUCUCCCCCGUGCCGCAGACACAUACGUCCACCGCUCCGGCCGCACCGCCCGCGCCGACGCCUCAGGUACCAGCAUCCUCAUCUGCGCCCCCGAAGAAGUCGCCGGCGUCCGCCGCCUCGUGGCCAAGGUUCACGCUCGCUCCUCCUCCAACACCCCCACCACCCCCGGCAGCAAACCCUCGGGCAAGAAAAAACCAGCCUACUUCAUCCGCACCCUCGAUCUCGACCGCCGCAUCAUCUCCCGCCUCCGCCCACGCGCCCAACUCUCAAAACGCCUCGCAGACACCGUCAUCGCAAAGGAAAAAGCACACGCCGAAUCCGACGUCCUCCGCCAAGCCGCAGACGACCUCGGCAUCGACUACGACAGCGACGAAUUCGACAGGGAGGCACCCGGCCGCAAGGGCAGGGGCACAGGCCGCAAGAAGAAGGAGAAGGAGGCUAGUGCCAUGACCAAGGCGGAGAUGGGGGCCCUGAGGGCACAGUUGAAGGCCCUGUUGAGUCAGAGGAUUAAUACGGGGGUGAGUGCGAGGUAUUUGACGAGUGGGGGGGUGGAUGUGGAUGCGCUUGUUAGGGGCGAGGGGAAUAGUGGGUUUUUGGGGAGUUUGGGUGGGUUGGGGGUUGGGUUUGAGGACUGA